CCCAACAUCAUUUCCAAAAAUCCAAGAGAAAAUCAAAGGAAACAAAAAAAAAUGGAGCCAUCCGCAAAAUCAAUUCCAAUCAAAGAUCUUUUAGAUGCACCACUUAAUGUCAUCAAUUUUGAAAUUUCAGAGAUUUCUCCUCAGAAAAUUUUCGGUUACUUUUCAGUGACCGAAAAAUGUUGCAACCCUUUUGAGGUGUUGCAUGGUGGAGUCUCGGCUCUAAUAGCCGAGUCUCUGGCUAGCAUAGGUGCCUACGUGGCGUCCGGAUUUGAUAGGGUGGCUGGAGUCCACGUCAGCAUCCACCACAUAAAAAGUGCAAAUCUUGGUGAAAUUGUGUAUGCUGAGGCUAAACCUCUCAAUGUUGGAAAAUCAAUUCAUGUUUGGGAAGUGAAUUUGUGGAAAAAUAAUUCUUUAAUUUUAGGGGAAAGAAUGUUGAUUUCUUCAUCAAGAGUUACUAUCAAGACAAACAUGCCUCUACCUAAAAAUGUCAAAGAAGCUGCUAUGAAUAUAAUGAAGCAUGCCAAGUUAUAAUUAGGUCUGGAUAACGAAUCAAGUUCAAUCGAUCUUGUUAUAGAGUUUAUAUUGAUUUGAUCGAGUGGAAUCAAAUUCAGUUAAUCUUGCAAUAAAGUUUGAGUCAGUUGAGUUUGUAAUAAACUUUAAGUUUGAAUGCAUCUAGUCGAGUCGAAUUCAAUCAAGUGAGUUGAGUCAAGUAAGCUUUGUUAGUUGUGAAUUAGAAACUUUUAGAGUUUGUUUGGUUAUUUCAAAUUAUGUAAUUAUCUGGUCGGUAUAAAAUUUAAUACAAUUUCUUACUUUAUCUUAAA